AUGUGUUCAUCGUUUCUCUCAUUACAGCGCGAACGGAGACACAUACAAAUGCGCAUAGUCGUUCUCAUUUGUGUAUUCACAACGGUUCACACACACUCCUUUGCAUGGAGAAAUUCUUUCGCUUCCCUGUCCUCUUUUCUAUCCAUUUUGAGAUUCAUUCCAGUUGCAAUCCAAGUAAUUACCUGUUUCCUCUCUCUCUCUCUCUCUCUCUCUCUCUCUCUCUCUCUCUCUCUCUCUUUAGCUUUUCAAUUUCUUUCUGAAUCUUUCUCCCUUUGCCUACAUUUGUCUCUUUGUCUUUGUUUCACACUCUCUCUCCUUUUCUCUCUCCCUCUCUCUCUCUCUCUCACUCACUCUAUCUUUCUCUUGUAUCGCUUCUCCUCGUUAUCUCUUUUUUUCCCACUCUUUCUCCUCUCUCUAUCUCUCACUGUUUUCACCCCUUUCUUUUUCUGUCUCGCUAUUUCACUUUUCUUUCUCCCUAUCAUUCUCUGCUUUUUUCUUCUGCCCCCUUUCUUUUUGUCUUUCGCUCUUUCACUUCUCGUGCUCUCCAUCUCUCUCUCUCUCUCUCUCUCUCUAUCUAUCUAUCUAUCUAUCUAUCUAUCUAUCUUUCUUUCUUUUUCUCUCUAUCUGUUUUUUCUGCCCCCCUUCCUUUUUCUGUCUCGCUAUUUCACUUUUCUUUCUCCCUAUCAUUCUCUGCUAUUUUUUUCUUCUGCCCCCUUUCUUUUUCUGUCUUUCGCUCUUUCCCUCCUCGUCCUCUCCAUCUCUCUCUCUCUCUAUCUAUCUCUCUCUCUCUCUCUUGUUUCUUUGUUCUCUAUAUCUCUCCAAGAACUCACGCAUUCUCUUUCUCAAAACUCUCAAAUCUUUAUCUCUGUCAUAAGACAUCAUCUCUCACACACAUUAAUAACACUAAAACACACAAAUAUUUUCUCUUUCUGUUUUUUCUUUAUUAUCUCAUAUUUGUUUUGUUUCAUUUUAUCUUCAUACAUAUCCACACAUUUUCUUUUUUUUUUCGUCUCUAUUAUAAAUGAUAACUCUCUCUCUCUCUCUCUCUCUUUCUUCUCUCUCUCUCUCUCUCACACACACACACACACAAAUACUCUUUUUUUACCUAUCUAUCUAUUUAAAAUAAUUAUCUAUCACACAAAUUGUGUUUGUCUUUCCUUCUCUCUCUCUAUUACCAGCCCAUUCACAUACGACCCACUGUUGAAUAACCGUUCUUCGAUAUCCCUUUUCACCACCCUCACGCCAUGCAUAACGAGCAUCACAGAUAUUCGCGGACCUCACUCAAUUAAAUCUACAACAUCCCUUCAUUUCCUUGUUUUUUGUCUUUUUUCUCGUUUUUUCUUCUUCUUCUUCACCACUUCUUUUUCUUCACCUUCUUCUCCUCCUUCACUUCUACUUCUCAACCAUCUUCCCCUCCUCCUCCUCACUUCUCCUCUUCCACCUUCUUCGUCUCCUCCUCCUCCUCCUCCUCCUUCUCCUUCUUUUUUCUCAUCCACCUUCUUCUUUUAUUUCUUCCCCUCCUCCUCUUCUUCUUCUCCUCCUCCUCCUCCUCCACCUUCUUCUUCCGUUCUUCUUCUUUUUCUUCUUCUCUGGAGUCGUCUUCUUCUUUUCUUCUCAUCCACCUUCUUCUUUUAUUUCUUCCCCUCCUCUUCCUCUUCUUAUCCUCCUCAUCCUCCACCUUCUUCUUCUCUUCUUCUUCUUCUUCACCUCCUCCUCCUCCUCUUCUCACUUGCAUUCAGUUUCUUUCUAUCAUUCAAUUUCUCCUUUUCUUUCGUUCCAUGUGACUUGUUCCUUGGGGGAUUUUUUUUUCUUCUGAUUUCUUUAUUUCUUUACGCUUCUCUUUGUUCCUUUCAUUUCGACUUUCUUCUUCUUUCAUUUUUCAUUCAUUAA